AUGAUCAGGUCCCAGGAAAUCAGCACCACUGCGUCUGAACAUCUGGAUGAGUCAAACAAUGAGAGCACAGCAAGAGAUAGUGAAGGAGAAGAAAAGAAAAUGAGGAAAAAAGCACUGCCUAUGGACUGUGCUCCAGCACCAAAUGAGAAAUUAGAAAAAGCACAGAAGAUGGCAGAAAAGUUCAUUAAAGAAAAAGAGGUGUAUAAAGCCAACAGGGAACUUAUUAGAUGUGUGGCUCUUACUAGAAUUAUCUAUGGAGACGGUCACUGGCAACUGGCACAAGCAUUCGCCAACCUGGCUCACAGCUAUUUAAUACUUCAAGGUCUUCCUGCACAGGCCAUAGAGCAUGCGGAAUCAGCCAAACGUACCAUGCUGAUAGGGAUUCGUACGCCUGCAGCAACUCCAGAGGACAAAAGAGAAAUAUUAGGAACUCUUGUGACUAUCUACUUUACCUUGGGCGUAGCACAUCUGGCACAGAACAAUGGCAAAGAAUCCUAUCUCAGUCUGCAGAAGGCAGAGAGACUCAUGGAAGAACUUCAAGAACUGGAUGGGAGAGUGAGCAUGGGAUUAAAAAUAUCUGAGAAAGAUUUAGUCAUUGCAUUGGGCAGGACAUGUUUGCAGCAAAACAUGUUGGACUUUGCCACAAGUUAUUUUGAAAAAGCUGUUGAUGCAGUAAUUUCAACUGAGGGCGAUACAGCUCCAGAACUGAUAAACCUUUAUCAGAAAAUUGCCCAAAGUGAGCAACUGAAGAAAAACCAUGAAAGAGCCAUAGCAUAUUUAUUACAGGCCCAUUCUAUUUGCAUGGCUCUGCACAAGAAACUUAGUGUUGAAGCUGCUCAGACGGCCUUGUUGCUGGGCAAAGCUUAUGCUGCAACUGGAGACCAGCAGCAUAUUGGGACGGCUGAAAUGUAUUUUACAGAGAGUCUGAUUGCAUAUCAGGCAGCAUUGGGUGCAAAGGAUUCCCUGACACUUACUGCCAUUGAGGAAUUCAGUAAAUGGCUUGUAUAUGUAGGGAAAAAACAGCAGGCCUACAGGCUGCUGAAAGAUUCGUUGAAGUCCAUCAUAGACACCUAUGGUGAUUUUAGUGAGAAGGCAGCUGAAACUUACCAUAUCAUGGGCAGUAUCUGCCUGGCAGAGGGAAAGAUGAGAGAGGCUUACCAGCUGUUCAAUAAGUGUUUGCAGAUUCAAAUAGCUGUUUAUGGGCCUCGCACCAGGAAACUGAAAGAGACGCAAGAGCUCCUGACUGCAUUAGAGAGGUGA